CUCCUUCUGCCUCCCCAUCCUCUUUGUCUCUUGCAGGGCGUGGAAUGACGUUGGCAAUGAGUACACAGCCGUCUCUUCCUGAAGGAAUGGAACCGGACCAGGGUCUGGUGACUUUCGAGGAGGUUGCUGUGCGGUUCACAGAGGAGGAGUGGACCCUGCUGGAUCCUGACCAGAGAGCCCUGCACAGGCAGGUCAUGGAAGAGAACCGGGGGAUCGUCGCCUCUCUCGCGGAGAAACCAUAUCAUUGUUCGGAAUGUAGAAAGAGAUUCAGUCAGAAGAAAUAUCUUACUCAGCAUCAAAGGACUCACACAAGAGAGAAACCAUAUCAAUGUUUGGAGUGUGGAAAGAGGUUCAGUCAUAAGACAGAUCUCAAUUCUCAUCAAAGAAUUCACACAGGAGAGAAACCAUAUAAGUAUAUGGAGUGCGAAAACAGCUUCGGUCAGAAGGUACAUCUCAAUUCUCAUCAAAGAACUCACACAGGGGGGAAGCCAUACCAUUGUUUGGAGUGUGGAAAGAGCUUCAGUGAGAAGAAAUAUCUCACUCGGCAUCAAAGGACCCACACAGGAGAUAAACCAUAUCAAUGUUUGGAGUGUGGAAAGAGCUUUAGUCAGAAAUCAAAUCUUACUUCUCAUCAAAGAAUUCACACAGGGGAGAAACCAUAUAAGUGUUUGGAAUGUGGAAAGAGGUUCAGUUGGAAGGCCCAUCUCAAAUCUCAUCAAAGGACUCACACAGGAGAGAAACCAUAUCAAUGUUUGGAGUGCGAAAACAGCUUCAGUCAUAAGGCACAUCUCAAUUCCCAUCAAAGAACUCACACAGGGGAGAAGCCGUACCAUUGUUUGGAGUGUGGGAAGAGCUUCCGUCAGAAAUCAAGUUUCAAUUGUCAUCAAAGAAUUCACACAGGGGAGAAACCAUAUAAGUGUUUGGAAUGUGAAAAGAGGUUCAGUCGGAAGGCCCAUCUCAAAUCUCAUCAAAAGACUCACACAGGAGAGAAACCAUAUCAAUGUUUGGAGUGUGGAAAGAGCUUCCAUCAGAAAUCAAAUUUCUAUUGUCAUCAAAGAAUUCACACAGGGGAGAAACCAUACCAUUGUUUGGAGUGCAAAAAGAGCUUCAGUCAGAAGGCCCAACUUAAUUCUCAUCAAAGAAUUCACACAGGGGAGAAACCAUAUAAAUGUCUGGAAUGCGAAAAGAGCUUUAGUCAGAAGGCACGUCUCAAUUCUCAUCAAAGAACUCACACAGGGGAGAAGCCAUACCAUUGUUUGGAGUGUGGAAAGAGCUUCCGUCAGAAAUCAAAUUUCUAUUGUCAUCAAAGAAUUCACACAGGGGAGAAACCAUACCAUUGUUUGGAGUGCAAAAAGAGCUUCAGUCAGAAGGCCCAACUUAAUUCUCAUCAAAGAAUUCACACAGGGGAGAAACCAUAUAAAUGUCUGGAAUGCGAAAAGAGCUUUAGUCAGAAGGCACUUCUCAAUUCUCAUCAAAGAACUCACACAGCGGAGAAACCAUAGUAUUGUUUGGAGUGUGGAAAUAGCUUUGGUCAGAAGAAAUAUCUCACUCAGCAUCAAACAAUUCACACAAGGGAGAAAUCAUACGAUUGUUUUGUGUGUGGAAAGAGGUACAGUGAGAAGAGAACUCUUACUUCUCAUCAAAGAACUCACACAGUUGGAAAUCCAUAUCAUUGCUUGGAGUGUGGAAAGAGCUUCAGUCUUUCCUUCUCAUCAAAGAACUCACAUAGGGUUUCUGUAGAAAAGGCUUUAUUUCAAGCUUACAUCACUACCUUUCAUUAAAAAAAGGAAUUAAAAAGGGCAAAAACAACAACACACAAGUAUUAUUUCUAUAUUAAAAGUCUAGAAAUACAGAAAGGAAUCAUUGAUGCCUGGGACAUCUCCACUCAUACCUAUUUGUGGACUCCCGAAUUUUCACCUUAAAGACAGAAUAAUAAACAAAAAGGCUUUAAAAGACAAUCAAUUGGAUAGAUUAAUGCAUUAUUAUAAAGACUUUUUACCCAUAUCUAGGACUGCCUGGAGGACAUCAUUGAGGAAGACAAACAUGGUUAGCGUGGUAUCAACUAUCCACAUGUCUUAGAAAGCGGUACAUCGUGCAGCAAGGCACCAGAAACCUGACAGAUUUUGAAGGAAUGACCGCUAACUUAGCAGAAAAAGUUAAAAGGCAAAUCACUAUAUAGAUUACUACUUUUCCUGGAUUCAGGAUCACAGGAAGGACUACGAACUCGCUGGGAAUCUGAUUGGGCUAUUAGAAUAGAUCAAGAAUACGAGACAAAAAUGUGGGGGGAAAUUCUUUUAAAGCCACAUCAGCUAAAUGUACAGAAAUAUACAUUUAGAAUAGCAAAAAUAGACAAGUCCUCACAUUUGUGCUAGAGAGGGUGUGGUGUCUGGGAAUCCUAUGUUCACAUUUGGUGGGAUUGUGAACAUAUGCAAAGAUUUUGCACGGGGAUGUUUGAAGAAAUAUCCAUCGUAAUGGAAACGACAGUAAUAAAAACACCAGAAUUUGCAUUGUUUAAUAAACUUGACGGCCAAAACCAAACUAUAUUACACAAAAAGCAAACUGGGUAUCUUAAUAGCAGCACGUAUGCUGAUAGCUAAAUGCUGGAAGGAGGCAAAAGGAUGAAAUAGAAGGAGGUGGUACGGUAAUAGUGUGGGAAAUAGCGCUCUCAGAGAAACUUACUGAAGGGUAUUAAAAGGACAAAAGAAAAAAGACAGUUUUGCUGCAGAAUGGUCAUGUUUUAUUACACACACAAACAAAACACCAGCAUCAGCACAGGUACAAACUGCCUUUAACAGCUUAUAGUUACAAUAGCCUCUCAGGAAACAAUUACAACUGUAAGGAUGGGGUUAAUUCAUACAAAGAAUGGCUGUUUUAAAAUGUUAAAAUGUACUUUUAUUGUUAUGAUUUUAGGAGCGGAACAGAUAAGCGCCAGCUGCAUGUGGGCGUUCUGGCACAUCCUGGAACCGCUUGGGGCAAGGCCGAUCGGCCUUGAGCGAAAAUUAACAUCUCAGGGAAGGUGUGAAAGAUCCUCGCAAGGGAGGGGGGAAGGAGCAGGGGAAACUAUCUGUAAAGAGUACAUUUUGCAAGGGGCUUUUGUUCUGAGCUGGAUGCCCAUAUGGCUGGGUGAAGUAUAGUUGGCAACUUAGUUAUUUUUAGUUUGCUUGGACUGGGUUCUUAUUCUGUAUCUGCAUGUUUUACCUGUUGAAUGCUAAUCUUGUAUUUCCUACCCUUAUCCUCAAUAAAUUUGGGCCUAACCCUCCAGUUUUGGAGAUGUGUGCGAGUG